ACCACUGCCGUCUGUAAAGCCCAACCCAACACCAAACAACGAAGCCCAAUACCGUCUAAGCCCCAUUCACAGUCUACAUAAGCCUCGAAGUUUCUCUCAGACUUCUUUUUGAAUCUCACCAUUUACAAACACACAGACGUAGAACUCAGGAAUCUACCCCUCCUCAGCACAACCCCGCCAUGGCGAAUCCACUCACCGCGCAGUCUGUACUGCAACAAAUGGCAGAAACCCUGCCUACUCACCCCAAGGGCGACACCACUUCCGACAUUAGCAGCGGCUAUGAGCUCCCUGCCCUCCUCACGCAUGCCUGCAUGGCGUCCCUCAAGUUCCGUCUUCUGGGCUUCGACGAGGAGAAGAGGAUAGAAGAAGAAGUCCAAAGCCUCGCCCCGCGUCUACCAGCAUCAUGGAACGCCGGCUAUGGCUCUCUCCGCUUUGUCUACGCCCACAAGCAGUCGUCCAUGACGUCCAUUAUCCGGAUUAGCAAAGUCGGCGGCAAAGUCGAAAUCAGCGGGCUCGCCGUCGGCCACGAUGUCAUCCACAGAUUUGAAAUCACGACAAAGGACGUCAUCAACAACGCGAAGCUGCCUUUACGCAUCACACUGACCGAGGACGGCUCCGAGGACAGGAGCGACCUAGUCGAGAAGCUCAAGGAAGCUUUCGCAUCAGAGUCUGCCGUCACCAAGCUGAUUGAUCAAUUCAAGACCGAGAUUAUCCAAAAGCUCAUUCCCAAGUUGCAAGUUGAAGGCUAUGAAGAGUCUCCCGAUGACAGGGACGCAGCCGAUAACGCACAGAGAGAAGGCCGUGCCCAGGCCGGUCGUCCUGGACGGCCAGCACCCGGUGACCUGCCUGAUCCCGCGCGCCCAUACCCCGUCAACGAUCCUCUCGCCCAGCCUCCCAGACGACCCAUUCCUGCCGGAGACUUCCCACCGCCCGGAUUUGAAGACGAGUAUGAAAUCAACAGACCCCCUCGUCCACUGGGGGUUCCCGGUCGAUCACCCUACAAUAUCGGCCACGACGACCUCAACCCCCCUGGUCUUGGUCCCAACGACCCGCUGAGAGCAUCUUUUAUCGGUGGCGGCGGUCUCCCCCGACCCGGAGGCGGCGGCGGAAUGCAUCCCACAUUUGAUGACCCCCUUUUCGGAGGGCCAGGUGCCCAGGGAGGUGGCGGCUACGAUCCCCAAGCGCCACCGGGGGCCAGAUGGGACCCCCUUGGUCCGGGCGGUAUGCCCAGACACGGUGGGGGGCGCGGAAACCCCUUCGGAGGCUCUGGUGGUGGUUUUGGCGGAGGCUUUGGUGGAGGGUUCGGAGGAGACAUCAUCUAACCAAUGGCGCUUUCGGGAAGAUUGAUAAUUAAUUCAGAUUGUCUCGAGUAGUUGUAGUUGUACGCCCGUAAUGAGACAUGACGAAAUGCCCAAUUGAAUUUAUUUCCCUCUU